AUGGUGGAUGGCAUUAUUUGCGUUGGCGGCCGGUUACGAAACGCUAGAAUCCCUACAAGUCGGAAGCAUCCGUACAUUUUGGACCACCGCCAUCCAUUCACUAUGCUGGUCAUGACUGAGUAUCAUCAGAAGCUGUUUCAUGCUGGGCAGCAACUAUUAGUUUCUUCUGUACGAGGCAGAUACUGGCCGACGAAUGUUCGUAACCUAGCUCGGAAGGUUAUCCACAACUGCGUUCGCUGUUUCCGUGUCAAGCCGAAAGUUCACGAGCAGUUGAUGGCAGAUCUUCCUGCGGAGAGAGUUACGCCAUGCAGUCCCUUCCAACGCGUCGGCAUAGAUCUAUGUGGUCCGUUCCUAGUCACGUACCCCCAGCGGAAAGCUCGUCCGGUGAAGUGUUUCGUCGUCGUCUUUGUUUGCCUAGUCACCAAGGCAGCCCAUUUAGAAUUAGUAGCUGAUCAAUCGUCCCAAGCUUUUUUGGCAUCCCUCCGACGAUUCACAUCUCGACGGGGAAAACCGGGGAUCAUCAUGUGCGACAACGGCAGAAACUUCGUCGGAGCAAACCGGGAAUUAGCUGAAUUGCGGAAGCUUUUCAUCGAUCAACACUUCCAAGACACUGUGAUUGGAGAAGCAACGAACGAAAGUAUAGAAUUCCGUUUCAUACCGUUUCAUCGAUCCCCAAAUUUCGGAGGAUUGUGGGAAAGUGCAGUAAAGUCGUUCAAAACGUUGCUGAAGAGAACGAUAGGAAGUAGAAGCCUGGUGUAUGACGAGUUCCAGACACUACUCACGCAAAUCGAGGCAGUUUUGAACUCUCGUCCGCUUACACCAGUCAGCAAUGAUCCCAGCGAUUAUGAAGCGUUAACGCCAGGACAUUUCCUUGUCCAACGUCCACUCACAGCAAUUCCGGAGCCAAAUCUGGAUGAUCUUCCGGAGAAUCGAUUGGCGGCAUGGCAAACUGUGCAGCAUUUCGUUCAAUACUUGUGGAGGAAAUGGUCAACGCAAUACUUAUCCAACCUUCAAAACCGUACAAAGUGGACCAAGAAGCGGAACAACGUGAGAGUCGGGACAAUGGUGGUGCUGAAGGAUGAAAAUCAACCACCACUAAAUUGGCUUUUGGGUCGGAUCACAGAAGUUCAUACCGGAGCAGACGGAAACAUUCGGGUAGUGACAGUUAGAACGAAGGAUGGCAGCUACAAACGUGCAAUUUCAAAGAUCUGCAUCCUUCCAAUCCGUGACAAUGUCGAAUCAUCAGAGGAGAACUAG